UCUAUAAAUCUCCCCCUCCCCCUCUCUCUCUACACUUCCUAUUCUUGUCCGAAGCUUUCAAGUGUCCAUGCCCAUAUAUACACACAUUAGCGGGUGUUAGAGAGAGAGAGAGGGGGACACGUGGCACGUGUGUGGGAGGAGAGAGAGAUGAAGGAAGGGGGUAACCGGAAACAGGGAACGGCGUCGCCGUGCGCGGCGUGCAAGCUGUUGCGGAGGAGAUGCGCUCAGGACUGCGUCUUCGCUCCAUAUUUUCCGGCCGACGAACCUCACAAAUUCGCCAACGUCCAUAAGGUCUUCGGCGCCAGCAACGUCAACAAAAUGCUUCAGGAACUACCAAUCGACAAACGAGGAGACGCGGUGAGCAGCAUGGUCUACGAAGCGAACGCUAGGGUGAGAGAUCCGGUGUACGGAUGCGUAGGGGCAAUCUCGUCACUUCAACAUCAAAUAGAUGUUCUCCAGACACAGCUGGCCCAGGCUCAGGCCGAGGUGGUGCAUCUGAAGGUGCGCCACUCGGCUGCGCCACAAGCCAAUAACAAGCCGAUGUUUGACCACAUGGAUAUGGUUGACCAGGUUAGCUUGGGUGAGUCCAUGUGGUCUUGCUAGUUAUAUAUUAAAUUUUCUUUCCUUUUUUGUGGGGAGGAUUAUUCAGUAAAGAAACUGCUGUGUGUUUUGUAUACACAGGGUCAGAUAUUUAACAUAUAUAUAUAUAUAUACAUUGUAUCUAUAGAUAUGUACGGUUUAUGUAUAUUGUAUAAUCUAUAUAUAUACAUGUAUAAGUACUCGGGGGUACUUUUGAGGGUUUUUUUUUUGUUGUAUUCGGGAUUUGGUGCGAGAGCUGUGAGGAGAGUACUUUGUUUGUUUUUGACAUGUAUUGUAAAUACUAUAUAUAUAUAUAUAUGCGUAUACUUGUGAUAUUCGGUUGAUCA